AUGGAGAACCACUUUGAGCGAGUGCUGGCUACAGAGGCUGCUCCUAAGCGUCCUGCUGACUUUACGUCCUCAUCUCCUAUUACUAAGCGUACUUGUGUGUCUCAUGAAGCUAAUGAUAUAAAUAUAAGUGCAAUUGUCGAUGCUGCUGAAGCGCAAGAAGGCGACGCACUGGAUGCCCGAUCACUCAAGACGAUGGCCAAUACCGUAAAGAAACACGUACGACGCAAUGCUUUAGACCGGGAAAAAUAUGCAGAUGAGCCGAAUAAGUUCUUAGAGUCGGAGCUUGCACUUGAUCGAGAACUGACGCGCUGGAAACAAGUGGCAGCCAAGCCGGAGCUCUUCGCUGUCAUGAUAGAGUUGCAGGUGCCUCGCCUGCUGCUAGGACUGUUCGCGCACGAGAAUCUCGACAUUCGGUUGACUGUUUUGAGUUUGCUGGCAGAUCUGACGGAUGUCGAUGAUGCGACAGAGUCAUUGGAGCCAGCCAGAAAUCUAGCUCAGCAUCUCGUGGACGAAAAGCUCUUGCCUUUGUUGAUCACCAACUUGUUUCAACUGGCAGCUGUAGCAGAUGAAGGGAAAGAGGGCGAUCAAGUAAAGGAGGAGAUGACGGGUAUAUAUAAUUCGCUGCAGAUUCUGGAGAAUUUGGCGGACUUGGAGCCUCAGGUGUGUGUCGAAGUAGUGGACAAGACGGCGGUGUUGCCUUUUCUGUUGAAACAAGUGGCGCCUGGUAGAGAUUUUAGUGACAACAAGUUGUAUGCAAGUGAGAUUCUGUCAAUUCUGCUACAAUCGGGAGCAAAACCGAGAGAGAAGUUUGUGGCGUGGACGGGGAAGGAAUGGCCAAAUGAGGAGCAAAGAAUUGUGACGAAGAGCGAGAAAAAGAGCAAGGUGAAUCUCAUGGAUGAUUUGCUGCAAGCACUGGCGCCGUAUCGGAAAAAAGAUCCGGCCAGUGAUGAAGAAGAAGAGCUAGUGGGGAACUUAGUGAAUGCUCUGUGCAGCGUUCUGCUUGUGCCAGAAGCGCAGACGCAAUUCCGCCGCCUCGAAGGAUUAGAGCUGCUGCUGCGUUUCAUGAAAGAUCGUAAACGGUUUAUGUUUAGUGGAGCAUUGUGUGGUAUGGAUCAUGCACUCAUGGGCAACGCACGCAACUGUGAACGCCUGAUUGAGAUUGGUGGCCUUCGUACUAUUUUUUCGGUCUUCAUGGGGCGGCAUAGUAAAUAUGAGUCGACCAGCAUCACGAAAGCUAGCAAGGCUAGUAAGCAUGCUAAGGAAGAAGAAAACGUGGUGAGUUUGAUAGCUUCACUGUGUGCGUGGGUAUGCGAGAACGCUCCUGUUGAUGGCUAUGACCGUCUCCAUGCCAAGUUUGUGGAAAAUGACAUGGAGAAAAUUGAUCGAUUGGUGGAUCUGUUCGUGAAGUAUCACGAGCGCGUGGAACGUAGCAGUCAUCUUUACGAAAACGAGGAUGAAGAGGAGGAUGAAGAUAGCUACUACUUACGACGUCUAGACGCCGGCUUGUUUGUGCUAGAGCGGAUCGCAUUUGUAGUGGCACACUUGUGCCAUUUUUCAAAAAAAGUUGCGAGCCUACAUCUAUUGGUUGCUGAUGAAGCUGUCGAGAACAACUAUGACGGUGCAAACGCGAAUGAAGCGAAGGCAGUUGUUGAUUCUACAACCGUGGAGGCUCAAAAGCUACAGCUUCGGCAGCUUUUAGAGACACUUGAAGCCGAAAUAAUCCAAGAUGGAAAUGUGUCCACUGAGGAGAUGGAAGCUGGAUUGAAUCAAAAGAUGGAGAAGAAAGAUGAUGAGGCAGAUAGUGACGAGUCGGUGGCAUCGCUUUCGAUAAAAUGA